AGGUUUGGCAGAGUGAUGAAUUAAGUAAAUUCGAUGAAAGUUUCUUCCUUUUGGCUUAAAAAGACAAAACUAACUUUUUUUUGUUUAUCGUUGGUUUGAACUAGUCCUUGUGGUUCUCUGUUUUGAAUUUUAAUUGAGAGAAUCAUCUCCAAUGUAUGUAUGCCUCUCUUUUGGUUAUAGUUUGGUUCGAAUGGAGAAGCUUGAAUCACGGGGAAGAUAGUCUAUGUUUAUGGAAAGUCCGUGUAUUUCGAAUGGGACCCCCCUUGUUUUUUUCUUGGAUGAUGAUCCUCUCUUCUCUUUAUCCUCCUUUUGGUUUCUUUAACAUAUCAUUUUUUAAUUUAGCUUUUGAAGCUUAUGGUUCAUCAAGUUAUAUGCUCUUCUCAAGAGUAGUAAGGGGUGUGUGUUUUAUGCAUGGAUGGACUCAAGGGUAAAAGAACAGCCGCACCAGUUAUGCCCCCCAGGAGAGCCAGUGGCCUUGUUCUCCAUGAGAAUACGAAGAAGAAAGAUGACAAGACUGUCCCUACCUGCAGCCGUGUUAGCUGCAGUUCCAGGAUAAGCUCCAACAAGGGUCUCUCCAUUGAUCACAAACCAAAAUCCACGCUUAGAUCUCCUUCAAACGGAAAGGAAACCGUUGGGAGUUCGUCGUCUAGAACUACGAGUGGAUUAACAAAUACCUCCAAAGUUACUACCAGGAGACAGCUCUCUUCUCUUUUGGACACUGAUUCUUCAGAGAGUAGUAGUAGCAGUGUUCAUGAGCGACGUGGGAAGACCAAAGAGAGCAGUAUCACCAGACAAGUUGUGACAGAGGCGGGAAGCUCAAGCAGAGGUAGUAGUACUAGUGUGAACAGGAAUGGAUUAAGAGACUUGAGGAGCAGUGUUCUUCCUUCAAGUCCAAACCCAACGAGAAAGAUCAACACUUUUAGAAAGAAACCCUCUGAUGGAGAGAGCAGCUCUUCAAGCAGAGGGAAUAAUAAUAAUAAGCCAGAGGUGAAGAACAACCAGAGUUCCCUUCCUCAUGGCAUCAUCACCAUGUCUGAGUCUAGGAGGAACAGAAACUCGCCUAGUGUUAGGGACAACAACAGCGUUGUUUCGAGUAGUAGUACUAGGAGAUCAUCAACUGGUAGAACAACAGGGCGUGCUUCUGGAGCGGUUGCGAAUUUACAAGCGCCGCCACAGCCUGGAACAAGAGCUGGUCUCAUCAAUCCCUCUAGAUCUAAUGCAGAAGUUUCUCGUAGUCCUUUGCAUAGUUACAGUAGGCCGAUCAGUAGUAACAACGGCAGGCUACGCAGCCUGAUGAUGAUGCCUGGUGGUAGCCCCUCAGAAGCUCGCCUUGGUUUCAGACGUUAUGACGUUAAUGGAGUUGCAGAGGUGUUGUUGGCUCUCGAACGGAUGGAACAAGACGAAGAGCUUACAUACGAGCAAUUGGCUGUUUUAGAGACCAAUCUGUUCUUGAAUGGCUUCCACGAUCAGCAUAGAGAUAUGAGGCUUGACAUCGAUAACAUGUCCUACGAGGAGCUAUUAGCACUGGAGGAGAAGAUGGGCACAGUGAGCACUGCUCUAAGCGAGGAAGCUCUCCUUAAAAGCCUGAAGUUAAGCACUUUUAAUCACCCAACAGAAAAAUCUGGUGGAGUUUGCCUGAAGAAAGAUGAUGAUGUCAAAUGUAGUAUAUGCCAGGAAGAAUAUGUUGAUGGAGAUGAAGUAGGGACUUUGCCUUGCCAACAUAUGUACCAUGUGAGCUGUGCGCAACAGUGGCUUCGAAUGAAGAAUUGGUGUCCUAUCUGCAAAACGUCUGCAGAAUCUCAGCCACAGCCAUUUUCAUAAUGAUGGAGACUGCAGAGACAUCAUCAAAGUGCUCGUCUCUAGUUCUGCCAUCCUGUUCUAUUUUCUCUGUACAUAAAAAUGUUUUUCUUUUCUUUUACUUAUACACAAUUGGGAACAAAUAGAAAAUAAGAAUCAGGUGGAUACAGUCCUCUUUCACCUGUAUAAAGAUUUAACAAUUCAGUUGAAAAUUCAAACCUCCAAUAGUUGGUUUAGUUCAACAUAUAUAUAUACUGUUUUUCCA